AUGGGACCCCGGCGCACACACAGAAAGUCCAGGAAUGGCUGCCAGUCAUGCAAAGCUCGCAAAGUCAAGUGCGAUGAGGCGAGACCUCAGUGCAACAACUGCGUGAAGCAUGGAGUUGAUUGUAUUUUCUCUCCAACUCCACAAGGCUCAAGUACCGCAAUGGUCCUUUCGACAACUGCCGGCGUUGUGGAUAUCUCCGAAACAAGCAUUGCGAGUCCUAUGCCAACUGUAGACAUGACCGAUAUGGAACUGUUGCAUCAUUACUCUACCUCCACAUGUUAUACCAUCUCGAAACAUCCUGUUUUGCAGACAGUCUGGCAAAUCACCAUCCCCAAGCACGGGUUUGCCCCUCAGUCUCAGUUUGUCUUCCGGGGCAUCUUGGCACUUGCUGCGCUCCAUAUGGGUCAUAUAAAGCCCGAUCUUCGAGCGGAUUAUUUUGCCACUGCAGAAUAUCACCAUAACGCGGCUCUGAAAAUGGUAUCCACCGCUAUUCCACAUAUCAAUGAGGAGACUGGCCCGGCUAUCUACGUCUUCUCGACACUUACCUGCAUUAUAAUGUGCGCAAUGCGACGGAAUUUCGACGAAUUCUGGACGACCGAUGGCUCUUUAUUCAAAUGGAUCAGUCUUAUUCGGGGCAACAGAGCUAUUAUCUAUUCAAUCAAUGAUACUCUCAAAUCUGGCCCCCUCGCGCCAAUGUUUGUUCUUGGCCACCGAAGAAAACUCGCCCGUGAAGCGCGAUCUACUGAUGAUCAGCCCUUCUUGGAGAACUUGCGACAAGAGAUUAUCGAGUCGGUACCAGACCAAGAUGAGUUACAGUGCUAUCUAGAAGCCCUUGACAAUUUGGCGAAAUCCUUUGCAACUGUCUUUGACACCCAGCUUGUGGAGAUUACUGAUGUCUUUAUAUGGGUUUAUGAAGCUUCAGAUGGAUAUAUCGAGCUAUUGCGCCAACAAAGGCCUGAAGCACUUGUGAUUUUUGGUUUCUUUUGCGUGAUCUCAAAACAACUAGAAUCAGCCUGGUGGAUGGAAGGGUUUAGCAUUCCUCUAAUACGUGCCAUCUAUUAUCAUCUUGAUGAAGAGCAUCGCUACUGGCUUCAAUGGCCGAUCCAGCAGCUGGGCUGGGCCCCUUACUGA